ACCUUGAUGUCGUUUUUUUUUUUACCCAUAUCACCCGUUUGGUUCCCGAGAAAACAGAGGAAAAGCAAAUUUUUUUGAAUGUUAAUAAGUUCCGACGCAGUUCCCUACCGUGCUCGUCGUAAAUAACGCUCUGAUAUCUUUUCCUUUUCCUACAGUUUUCUCAGUAACCGAACAGUGUCGUUUGGUUCUUUCAUGGCUCUUAAAGAGAAUUUGAUGAUUCUAUGACUCUUCUGCUCUCUUUCUACAUUUGUAGGAUCAAACACAUCUUCCACAAGUAUUUUUCAGAUUCUUGGAAGAAGGCUUCUCUAAAUCAGAAACUUACAGGCAGGCAAGAGGUAGCUUUUUAAAAGUGAUUCUCCAAGAACCAGGGUAUCAUCUACAAGAGCAACAUUCGUUCAAAAUGGAGCAGAUGAAACAUAAAGCUGAUGCUGAUAGUCAACAGCAACAAAUUCAUAACUCAGAGGAGCUUAAUCAGCUCCAAUUCCAACACAAGCAGCCACUUAAUAAUCAGAAACAGGGUCAGGGAGAAAAAAAUCCUCUCCAGUUCUCUCAAAGCACUUGGAUUCAAAAUUCUGAAAAAAAUCCUGGUCAAUCCAGAGAGCUUCACAAAAUGCAGUCUUCAGAUAGCCAGUGCCUAUAUCAAAAGUUAUGGACAAGUGGUCAUCAACAGACAAACAGAAACCAGGGUUGUAUGAGUGAAAUUAAAGUGCCAUUUGCUCCUUUGCUUGAUUACAUUCGACCCCAACUCGACGAUAAAAAAGCCGCACAGAUUCAAAUGUUUUUCAAUAAGUUGAAGAAAAAUGAUAUCAGUAAUGCGAGCUUUCUCCGGUAUGCAAAGAAUAUUGUGGGGAAUCAGAUGAUGAGGGAGGCAUUGGCCAACAUACAAUUUCAGAUUGGACAGCGGCCUCCUUCAUACUCAUAUCAGGCUCCCAUUUCUGCAAUUCAAUUCCAGACUGACUCAAGUGCUUCAACCAGAGAAAGCUAUGCAAAGGAUUUCACAGAAGUGGAACACCCAUCAGGUUUGCAGAGGAUGCAGAUACACCAAACAUGCCAAUCCAGCCUGAUUACUGUCAAUAAAGAAAGGAAGCUCCCUGCAGAUCCAUUCAGAGGACUUAACAAGCAGCAACACGUGAACAUUGCACAAACUUCCUCCCUCACUACCAGCAGAGAAGUUGGUAGUCAAGAGCACAGAAGUGAUGCACCUGAACCAGUUGAUAAGACUGCUGCACCAUUGCAGCUCUCAGCUUCACUGGGUUCAUCUUCUUUGGGUGCUGUACAGGCUGGCCAGCAAGAUGAAAGAACACCAGAAACAUCACAGUGUAAAUCUUCAUUGGAGCAUCCUAGAGCAGUUUUAGCAGCAGAUGCAAGUAUUGUGCCUACAAGUUCAGCUACACAUUCCAUGACUUUAAAACUUGACUCUACUUUUCUGACCUCAUCUGCAGCAACUUCAUUUGGGGCAACAGCUAAGGCCAAUAGAACCCUGAAGAGACCUCUUGGCCAGGGGAAACCAAUUCAAGCAUUUUUAACUCCAUUUCCAUCCUCAAGUAAAAGAAUAAAGGUAACUGCAACCUCUCCUACUCCGAUCAUCGAAGAACUCAAUGAUGUUACUGCCAUAAGUGAAAUUAAUUUAAGGGAGGAAGAAGAGCACCUGUUUUCUGGGGAUAAGGAGGAAUGCCAAGCUUCAAAACCAGUACCAAGGGUUAUAGAACAAGAAAAAAGGUUGACUUUGCAGAAAUCAGCUGUUCAGAAAAAACUCGCACAAAUCAUAUCCAAAUGCGGAAUUGGAAGUAUGAGCAAUGACGUGGAGAGUUGCCUGUCAUCGUCUGUGGAAGAAAUAAUGCAAGGAUUGAUAAGAAAUAUGAUCAGAUUGUCCAAACAGAGAGUUGAUUUUGAGAAGACAAGACACCACGCUAUCGUAACUUCGGAUGUUGAAAAUAAGAUUUUAAUGAUGAAUCUGAAAGUUAAGGAUGAUCUAAAACUACACAAGGCUGAAGGAGAAACGGAGGGUGAUGCUGAUAUAGACAAGGAUGUAGGUUUUCUGAAAACAUCCAAGGCAAAUGAAAUGAAAAGACUAACAGAUAGUAGAGUGCAAAGAAAAGCAGCCAAUGCUGCUGCCAGGGUAGCUGUUGGGGGAGAUGACUUGACAUUAAGAUGGCAAGUUAUGGCUAAGAAGGCCCAGCAGAAGAGUGAUGGGGCAUUUGGCAAAUCAUUUGUUGUUCAGCAAAGCAAGGACAUGAAGCACAUGCGUUCACCAACAUCGGGAAGGAGAGUAGGAGAUAGUCAAGAAUUGCAUGCAAAAGGGACCAAAAGCAGAGUGGGAGAGAACCAAUCUGCGAGACCACAGUCGAAGGUGGUGCGAUCAGUCUCUAUCAAGGACCUGUUAGCAACACUGGAAAGAGAACCGCAAAUGGCAAAAUCAGCUUUAACCCAGCGCUUGCGUGAGAGAAUUCAUUCUGAUGGAACAGCCAACUGAGGUAUUCCACUUUCACCAUGAACUGACGCCCAUUAUCUCUUCCUUCAGGCACCAUCCGAGAAGGAUGGGAUGCAAGUAAAGCUUACUUGGCUUACUUGUCUUACAGUUUAGGUGCUUUAUUUUAGAUUGGUUAGUCUCGAGCAGAAACACCCAAAUACCAGUUGAAUUGGAUGCCCAUUGCACGAUAGAUUGCCAAUAUUCCAGUUUUGCUUUCUGUCAAUUUUUUUUUUUCCCGCAAUGCACAGAUUUUAGAGAUUGCACCUUGCUAUAACCUGCCAGUGAAAGCCCUGAACAGAUAAUUUUACAACACAGGUGAAACAAUAUCUGUUAUAAGAUUACAAACCCAGAUUUUUCAAGCUAGCUAUUUUCUUAUUU